UGUGCUCCAUCGUUCGAUGAUAAGAUCCUGGAAGUUGUGGCCGUGUUUGGGAGCAUGCAGAUGGCAGUUUCCCGAGUCAUCAAACUGCAACACCACCGCAUCGCACAGUGUCGAACCGUGAAGAUUACUAUCCUGGGCGAUGAAGGUGUUCCCAUCCAGGUGGACGGAGAGGCCUGGAUCCAGCCGCCCGGCGUCAUCAAGAUCCAACACAAGAACCGGGCUCAGAUGCUCACCAGAGACCGGGCGUUUGAGAACACGCUGAAGUCGUGGGAGGACAAGCUGAAGUACGACAAGCCUCCUCUGCGGCCUCACCUGUACCCGCAGCAGUCUGUGGAUCUGGCGACAGAGGAGGAGGCCGCUCUGGUGCAGAUGUGCGCACGAGCUGCAGAGGAGCUCAUUACGAGGAUCUGUGAGGCUGCGAAGACCAACGGGCUUUUAGAGCAGGAGCUGGCUCACGCUGUUAACGCUGCAUCACACGCUAUCAACAAGACUCACCCCAAGUUUCCAGAGAGUCUGGCGAGGAACACGGCUAUAGAGGUGGCCAGCACCGUCAAAGCUCUGUACAACGAGACCGAGUCUCUUCUGCUGGGCAGAGUCUCUCUGCAACUGGACCCACCAGAGGAGGAGCAGCUGUCCGGUGCUCUGCAGAGCGCGGAGCUGGAAAUGGCCAAACUGGGAGAGAUCCCGUGGCUCUACCACAUUCUGCAGCCUAACGACGAGGAGGUUGACUGUGCUUAUGUACCAGGACCACUCUCUGGGUUACGGCAAGAGGAACAGUCGCAGCAGCAUGUUUCGCAUAGUCCCCAAGUUCAAGAAGGAGAAGGCCGCCAAGAAGACGAGUCCACAGUCAGUGGAAAGAUGGGGCCCAGAGGAGGUGGGCGUCUGGCUGGAGCAGCUGAGUCUGGGGGAGUACAGAGACACCUUCAUCCGCCACGACAUCAGAGGCUCGGAGCUGCUGCACCUGGAGAGGAGGGACCUGAAGGAUCUGGGGAUAUCGAAAGUGGGUCAUAUGAAGAGAAUUCUCCAGGGAACUAAAGACCUGGCCAAGGCCUCCAUGGUUGACCUCUAACCCAGGAGCUGUAGCGACUGGUGGGGGAACAAGAAACAAACUUUCCCCUCAUGUCAGUGGAAGAGUUUGGAAGUGUCGUGAAGGAGAAGAGAGCUGGAGUGUUUCUCUCUGCCGAGGCUGAACCUUUGUGACGUCGUGAACAAGAUACUUACGCAUGUUUGUUUGUGCUCCGGUGCCAAUGGAGGAAGUUGAUGGAAGUUGUAAAACGACGUGGAUCUUAACAAACAAGCUAAAAAAAAAAGAAAAAAAAGAAGCCAUUUCUGAGUUAAUAACCAUUUCUAGCACACAACCAGGUAUGCAACUAACCAUUACUGUUCACAGGAGACUCGUCGGCCGAGUUCCUAUAACUAACUAGUAGCAAAACCAGGACUUCCAUGAGUGUGGGGUUUAGUUUGAGUUCAGUUCAGAGUGCGUGUGACGACGUUUGCUGGAUCUCACGUCACACGGCUGCAGGCGCACUGACGCAGACACAGGGAGGAUAAACCUGUAACACGAGUGUGGGUGGAAAUCUGGAAGGUUUCUGAAAACAGCGGGAUACUGUCGCAUGCUAUGCUUGCUCAACCUUAGAUAUGUUUAACUGCAUGAUUAGUGUCUCGGUUUUUUUCGUGUGCUAAAUAACACUUGAACAAGUUUUACAUGACUUAAGUAUUACGAUGCCAUUUGUUACUACUGAAAGCAUCUUUUUGGUCUAAAUCAAACCUUUUUUCUAGCUUUAAUUUAUUUUGUUUGCAUGAUAAUGACGUGUCAAUGAUUUGUGUCACGUGCCAUAUUUUCAGUCAUUUCGUGUGAGCUGUGCUUUAUUGGUAGACAUAAGAGUUUUUAUUUUUUAUUUUAGAAAAGCUGUUGUUGAGGUUUGAAUAUAUGGAUUUAAUAUCUGUAAGUGGAUGUGAACAUCAGUACCAAAGUGAAUGUCUUUGAAAACAUCAUCGUCUGAUGACUUUGUUCAGAUCACAACUCUUUUAUUUAAUAGACGAGCAGAUCUUAGGUCUUAAUUCCAGUUAAAGUUUAGCGUUAGUCAGGAAGAAAGUAAAACUGUUGGUGUGAAUCCAGCCACAGACAGUGGGGAUGGGUUUUUUUUUUAGGAAUACUUAAAAGGCACUUUUUACUUCUUGCUUUAUGCAAGUGCAAAUCCUCAUAUCAUAGAAUUAACACUUCACCUCAACUUUUUUACUUUUGGCAAUGUAACACAGUAUUUAACACUAAUGAGAAUGGAGUUAAAUAUAUGUUUUGAAUAUAUGUAUACAGUAAUACAACAGCUGAUCUGCAGCAGCCUGCAUAGCAACUAGUUCAACUACUUUUACUUCAACUAAUUUAAAGUAAGUUUCUUCUAAGACUGGUGGCAUUACAGGGUAUAUUUCCAUGUGUCCCCAUAUAUAUAUAUAUAUAUAUACACUGUAUAUAUAUAUACACACUGUAUAUACAGUAUACCAGUGUAUGCAAACAAUGUUUGUAAGUGUUGUAGUCUAAUGGAUUUGUAUAUUAUUGCUGACAUGGCAUGCAUUGUCCACAGCUUACACAUUUGAUUGUGUAUAUUACACCAUGACGAGUGUGUAUAGUUGAUUUUGAUCUCUUGUACAUGAUGAUGCUGUUGUAUUUUAAUGAUGGUGCAAUAUUUGAUCUCUUGUUUUGAUACUGUCUCUGCAGCUUUCUGACAUGAUGGAGAGAAAAAAAAAAAAAAAACCUUGAAAGAGUUUUUUGUACACGUUCUCCUCCUCGAGGUCCGAGGAUUAGAUUUUAAAAAGUUAGACCCAUAGACAGAUGUUUUCUUACGGACUCCACAUUUCUUCCAGCUGUUCACUAGUUUGUAGUUUUGCUCCUCUGUGCUUCCAGGAUGAUACACUACAUAGGGACUGUGUCAGUGAAUGAGUCGAGUGGGCAGACUUGACUGUUUUGUUCAUUUCUAAUAUGUAUAACAAUGUGUUAGCGUGUUUGGGUGUGUGUUCUACAACAGUGGCAUAUUUGACCUCGUCAGAAAUGAUGUACCAUCGUUAACCUCCACUUUUGGAGAAGCAUUUCUUGCUCGUACGUCGGUUUUUUAUUCUUUAUGUUUCCCUCAUGUUGAAAAUGUAUUUUCUAGAUAAAUAUCGAGCGUUAAAGCCAACAAGACGCACAAGUUUUCACCCCCUCAAUUAGCUCAAAUAACAGAAUGUGAGAGAAUCAGUUCGUGAGAAGUCGUGUGCUGUCCCUAACACCCCAGUAGAGGGCAGUCCAUCCUAUCUCACGUGGGUUACAUUGUCAAACAGGCUGAUUUUACACUGACAAUCAGUUCAAACCUUUAUAUUCAGCAGAAUCUUGCACAUUAACGUGCAGGAAACAUUCAGCCUAUAAAUCUAAUUCCAGUUGUUGAUGAUGUUUUUUCAUGUAUGCACUAAUACUCAUUCUGCAACUCAUAGCCAAAGAUAUAGUAGGUGUUAGUAACUAUAAACCACUAAUUCAAAAAGAGAUGUUCUCAUUUCCCCAGACAGAACAGAACUAUGCCUUUAAUUUAAUUAGCAGAUUUACAUUCAUUGUAAUGACAGUCGGCCUUUUGUGAGCCAGAAACUCUGCGUAAAGGUUUUACCUGAGUUGAAGCCUUUCUGUUCUUAUAUGUGCUUUACUGGAGCAGUGUGGUAGAACUGCUGUAUGCUGCCUUGUUCCUGCAGUGCAUCAUGGUCAUGUGUCUGUCUACGUUUGUUCAAAGUGUCUGCCGGCCGGGUUCAGUAGAUUCUCAAGUGUUUUUUUGGCCCCAGACUCCAGGCAGGAUCGUGCUUGACCCUCCCAUGCAGAGCGGAGAGUGAAAGCCCCUCGCUGUGUUUUCCAGUGGUCUGUAAAUAAUGCUGCAAACUGCCUGGUUUUAAAAACCUAUAUCCAUGCAAGGAUCUCUAAAAGACAGAUUAACACAUAGUCUUUGACUCGGCUCCUAAAGUGAUGGGAGAAAAGUGAAUUUCAUUUGUUUACAUUAUGUUUACAAUGGCACAGUUUUAAUUUGUAAGAAUAUAUGUAGGUAUAAACAACAUUUGCAUAUUUAUUGCCUAAGGUUAAAUGAUAUGACGUGUAUUGUGUUUUCACAUUUGGAAUAUAAUGUUACAGUUGUCACCUGUAUUACUAUCUGGAUGAUUUUGGUAAAGUAGUUGAUCAUUUCUAUGACUACUAAGUGACUGUUUUCUGUGCCUUUUUAUGGUUAGAAUGCAUGGUUAACUAUUUAUUACGAUUUGGAGUCACCGAGAUGUGUAUUUUUGUAUUCCGAAUAAAUAAAUGGUUCAGCUUUUGUUGUACAUUUUUAAGGUGCCUUAAAACAGGCUACCUAUUCAUAUCUCUCUUCUUCAAUAAAACCAAAUACAUAUGCAGUGUG